AUGAGCGACGCGGCGGCCUCGACCCUGUUUGUCGGCAGCAUCUCGCCGGGCGUGAGUGACCGGUGGCUGGUGCAGCUGUUCCAGGCGUGUGGGGGAUACCGCUCUUUCAAGCGCGUCAGCAAGGCCUUUGGGUUCGCGGACUUUUCGACGCUGCGCGAUGCGCUGCGGGUGCUGUCGGUGCUGCACGACCUGGAGCUGCCGAGCAUGGGCUCGCAGCGGGGCGAGCCGCGCAAGAAGCUGAUUGUGCGAGCCGACGAGAAGACGAGCGCGUUCCUGGGCGAGUUCGCCAAGACGAUGGUGCGCACCGACGCCGAUGCGCUCGAGGACGCCGCGGCGCGGAGCCGCGUCGACUAUGUGGUGCAGGCGAUGGCCACGCCGAACGCCGACACUGGCGAUGAGCCGGAGCGCUACGAGAUCCCGUCGCAUCUCAAAGAUCUGCAGGAGGAGGAAAUUCCCGAGGAGCGCCGCAGCGACGUCAUCUCGGAGAUCGAAAAGUUCCGUCUCGGCGCGGUGGCGCGCGAUGCCGCUGCUCGACGGCGUGAGCUGGAGCUGGAGCGCAAGCGCGCUGCGGCACUGGCGGCGCAGCAGGUGCGCGAUACGCCGUCGCCGCGCGUCGCCGAGACGCCUGCGACGCCCGAUACGGACCCGGAGGCGGCCGACGAGGCGGCGGAAGCGGCGCGUCGCGCAGAGGAAGACGAGGCGAAUGCGCGCGCUAUGCGCGCGGCGGAGAACGCGUACGCACCGCGCGAGCGUGACCGCCUCGCGCGGUGGGCGGCACGCCAGCCGGCCACCGAUCACACGGCUGCGCAUGCCGCGUGGGCGCAUCUCGACGAAGCGACGGAGCUGGCGUCGGAGCCGUUCUGGACGGACCGGCGUCGCUGGCUCGCAGCGCGCGCACCGGAGCGCACGCGCGAAGAAGCGGCCGACGAGGCUGAUCGCGCCGCUGCCGCCGAGCAGCGCGCGGACGCUGAGCGCCAGGCCGACGAGUUCCUCGCGCAGCUCGCACCGCCGGGCCUGCGUCCCUCGGGCGAGCCGCUCAAGCUGCACGUGCACCGCCACGAAGACGCGCACCCGCUCGCACACAUGGAUGCCGCGCACGUCGAGGGCCUGUCGCGCGAGGCCGUCUGGGCGCUCGCGCCCGCGUGGGACUCGCUGGACGUGGCCGCAUUCCGGCCCCUGCUGGACCGUGGCAUCGCCGACAGCUUUGGCGAGCCUGUGCCGGACCUCGUCGACGCCGCGAUGGAGCAGCUGCAUGCGCAUGCGGCGGCGCCGGACGUGGCCGAGGUCCUCGAGCCCGUGCUGGACGAGGACGCCGCGGCCCUCGUCGAUACCCUGUGGAGGGCGCUCCUGGUGGGCCGCCCUCCUCCAUAG